AGUCGCCCCGGUGAUAAAUACCUGACAGCGUAAGGAAUACUUAAGUUAUUUGUCAGUCUAUAGUUAACCUAAAUCAAUUUUGAUAAAUCAUUAGGAAUAUGAUGGCCUCGCAGUUAUACCUGUUAGACAUGCGUUUGGGAUUGAUACUGACCGGCAUACUGCUGGCGUCGACGCUAACACUGACGGAGCAGUUGUCACAGCACAAGAUACAUCACAAUCACCUGUCCGCUCGGACCCUAAAAGGGGACAGGGAACCAAAUUUACACAAUACAGGAAAAGAAUCAACUACAGCAAAGCAGUAUGACAGCAAUCAGAAAAGAUCAACAUUUAUUACGACACUUUUGCAUGACUAUGCCGAAGAUGUUCCUCCAAACUUUGACCAAGGUGAGGCAAUCGAGGUUCGGUGUGCCAUGCAUAUCAACACUUUUGACUCCAUCAAUGAAUCCAGUAUGGACUAUGAACUGAAUAUCUUUAUGCGAGAAUACUGGACUGACCACCGGCUUGCCUACAACACGUCUAUACCAGAUGAAUCCAUUACGCUCGACCCAAGGAUGAUUGACCGAAUAUGGGUACCAGACACGUUUUUCCACAACGAGAAGAAGGGCUCUUUCCAUGACAUAACUGUGCCUAAUCGGUUGUUAAGAAUUCGACAGGAUGGCUCUAUCGAGUACUCCAUCAGGCUGUCCCUCACGCUGUCUUGUCCUAUGGUGCUCAACAAAUUCCCAAUGGACUCACAGAUAUGUUACGCUCAAAUCGAAAGUUACGCCUACACCACUGAUAAGAUACUGCUGCGUUGGGCCGAGAGGGACGCUGUAGAAAUAGUACCCAACCUAGAACUUCCACAAUUCCAACUAACUCGUCUGUCUUACGGGGAGUGCUAUAGGAACUACUCAACUGGUAGCUUUCCCUGUCUGCAGAUCAAACUUCUUCCUGGUUAGAGAUGUGGGCUUCUACUUGAUCCAAGUGUAUGUUCCAAGCAUGCUCAUCGUCAUCCUCUCCUGGGUCUCGUUCUGGAUCAACGUCGAUGCAAUUCCCGCGAGAAUCUCGCUUGGCGUUCUCACGGUUCUCACCAUGACAACGCACGGUUCCGGUCUUCGAAGCACACUCCCGAAAGUAUCAUAUGUUAAGGCGAUAGAUGUCUGGAUGUCCACUUGUUUGUUGUUUGUAUUUGCUGCAUUGUUGGAAUUUGCGGUCGUCAAUGUACUUUCAAGAAAAGAAAUUAGACGACUUGUUACCCUAAAAAGACAAAAAAUUCCGAAUUCUAAAUUGGGGUUUAGGAGUAAAGAGUGCUAUCGGGAAUCAACAGGGAAUGGACAUUCAAGUGUUUUAGAGGAGCGAGUCUUGUGGGACGAGGAAGGCAGACAGAGAGGUCGCGAUAUAGAUAAACUUUCAAGAAAAAUAUUUCCUACUUUAUUCAUAAUAUUCACUGGAUUUUACUGGGUUAUUUACCAGUUAUCUCAAGAGGCUCACGACAUUCCAAAAUACGUCGAAGUAAACAACACAGUACUCAACAGGAAUACGUAAAACGUCGCUGAAACGGAACAUGCUCAAUUUUUUCAUAAAACGAAGUUAUCUACUGUUCAAGACAUUGAUAAAAAGGAAUGAUUUCGAAAGAUAGUUUCAGUCUGGUUUUCCCCAAACAGAUAAAACAGGGUGAGAGAAUCGUCCAAAAGAAAUGAAAUUAUGAUACAGGUCACACUUCACGCAUCUCAGUUGUAUGCCUCACAUUUGUCCCGAUUCAUC